AUGUUUUUUUUGUAUAAUAAACUGACUGGUUCGUCAAGAAAAUUUGAUGAUAUAUUAAAGGAGAAAAAUGCAGAUGUGGAAAAAAAGGAUGUGACGUUAAAUUUAGAUGAAAAGAAAAACGUUGAAGAAUAUAAAAAGAAUAAGGACGUUUUUAAAAAUGAGGAGGAUAAUUUUUUCUUUGUAUUUGAUGAUAAAGAGAUAAAUAAAUUGAAUAAAAUAAAAGAAGAACAAUGUAAUAUGAAAGAAAAUGAAUUUAUAAAUGAAAAAGGAUAUAUAUUGAAUGAUGAAAAUGUUUCUACGAUUAAUAAUAUAACUUCAUUAAAUAAUGAUAUCCUUCAUUCUAGUGAUAAAAAUGUUUGUACAAGUUAUAAUAUUUAUCCAUCAAAUGGUAAUAAUAAUAAUAAUAAUAAUAAUAAUAAUGUAAUACAUUCUAACAAUAGUAACAUUUUUGUAAAUGAUUCACAUAUGGAACAUUUUGAUGAUAUUACAGAUGAAUUUUUUAAAAUAGAUCAAACUAAUUUUAGCUUCUUUCAAUUUAACACAUCUUUUGAAAAUAAGAAAAACGUAAAUGAAGAAGAGUUAAUGAAACAUACAGAUAAUAUUAACAUAUGUGAUAAAAUAAUAGAUAAAAAAAAAAAUUGUAAUACAUUAAGUGAUUUAAUACAUGAUGAUAAUUUAUUUAACGAUAAUUUGAAUAUUUAUGAAGAUAAUAAUAAUAAAGAUGAUGUAAUAUCAACUGAUUUGUUCAUGUUGAAAAAUAAUUAUAAUAAAAAUUUUGAGAAAAAUGAAAUUGAUGUAGUAGUAGAUACAUCUACUACAUUUGAAAAUAUAAAUAAUGAUAACAAUGAGAAGAAUUUAUAUAAUUUAAAUAAUCAAAUGAGUGAUAAGGAAUUGUUAAAUAAUAAUAAGGAUGAUACAUUUUAUAUAAAUAAUAAGUUCCUUAUAAGUGAAAAUAAUAUAUUGUUAGAAGAUAAAGACAUAUCCUUUAUAGAUAGGAAAAUAGAAAGUAAUAAGUGUGAAGAUUAUUGUGUUAAUAAUAAUAAUAAUAAUAAUGAAAGGAAUAACCUUUCGGAUAUAUUAGAAAAUGCUUAUUCAAAGGAUUGUGAAAGUAGAACAAUAAAUGAGGAUAGAAUAUAUAACAAUUUUGAGGAUAUGGAUAAAAUUAGUCAUGAUGCAUUUGAUUUUAUUAUACCUAGUUCAUUUAAUAAGGAAGAAGAUAAUGGAAAUGAAAAAUAUCAGAAUGUAUUCGAUAGUAAUAAAGACAACCUCGAAAAUAUAAAUGUUGAGGAUCCUCCUUUCUCGAAUUUUUCAGAAGAAAAACAGAAUUUUUUUCAAAAUUGUGAUAUGUCAGAAAAUAUUUGGUUAAAUAAAAAAUUUGAUGAGCAUAAUGUUUUUGAAAAGAACGAAAUAUAUGAACCUAAGAAUGUAUAUGAAAAUGAAAAUUAUGAUCAGAAAGAUGUGGACGAAUCAAGUAAAUUUUUUGAAAAUAAUGUUUUUUUUUGGGAUGACAAAAAUAAAAAUGUGGAUGAAAUUAUUGACAGUGGGGUAGAAGGAAAUUGUGAUGUAGAAGAAAAGCUUGAUAAAGAAGAAGAAAAGACAUAUUUUGUGGAGACAGGGAUAAACUAUGGUGAUGAACUACCACGAAGAAAUUUUGAAGAAAUAGAUGAAAACUAUAAAGAAGUGGUAGAAGAAAAAUUUGAUGAAAAAAUGGGAGAAAAUUUUUUUGAAGAGGUUGAAGAAAAAUAUGAUGAAAAAGUGGGAAAAAAUAUUUUUGAAGAGGUUGAAGAAAAAUUUGAUGAAAAAAUGAGAGAAAAUAUUUUUGCAGAGAUAGAAGAAGAAAAAUAUGAUGAAAAAAUGGGAGAAAAUAUUUUUGAAGAGGUAGAAGAAAAUUUUGGUGAAAAAGUGGGAAAAAAUAUUUUUGAAGAGGUAGAAGAAAAAUUUGAUGAAAAAAUGGGAGAAUUUUUUUUUGACGAGGUAGAAGAAAAAUUUGAUGAAAAAAUGGGAGAAUUUUUUUUUGACGAGGUAGAAGAAAAAUUUGAUGAAAAAAUGGGAGAAAAUAUUUUUGAAGAAAUACCAAAAAAAGAUGACGUAGAAAUAGAAGAAACAUAUAGUGAAAAAAUGUGGGAAAUACAUGACGAAAAAAUAAAAGAUAAGUAUGAUGAACCAUAUGAAAAGAUACAUGAUGAGAAAAAGGAAGUAGAGGAGUUCUUUUUAAUUGCUGAUAAAAAAAAAGAAGAGAAUGAAGAUUCCAAUGUUGAAAUACUCAACAUUGAUAAGAACAAUUUUUAUUUUGAAAAUAAGGAAACUUUUGAAAUUGAUGAGAAAGUAUCAAAAAUGAAUGAAGAAGAUUUUGUUUAUGAAAAUAAUGAAACCUUUGAAUGUGAAGACAUAUUUUUGAAGAGAGAAGAUAACGAUGAUUCUGAAAAUGAAAAAGAAAUAGAUGAAAUAGGGGAGGUAAUUAAUAUUGGUAAAUAUCAUUUGAAUAAUAAAAAUAAUUCAUAUGAUGAUGUGCAUAUAUUAACACAUGAUUUUAAAAAUGAGUUACUUAUUGAAAAAUAUAAUGUUGAUAAUAUAUGUAGUGAUGAUAAUAUAUAUGAUGGUGAUAAUAUAUGUGGUGAUGAUAAUAUAUAUGAUGGUGAUAAUAUAUAUAGUGGUGAUAAUAUAUAUGGUGGUGAUAAUAUAUAUAGUGGUGAUAAUAUAUAUAGUGGUGAUAAUAUAUAUAGUGGUGAUAAUAUACAUAGUGGUGAUAAUAUAUAUAGUGGUGAUAAUAUAGAUGAUGAUAAUAUAUAUGAUGGUGAUAACAUAAAUAGUGGUGAUAAUGUUGAAAAUUUAUUGAAAGAACACAAAAUAGCUGUUAAUGAAAGUGAAGAAAUAGCACAAGAUAUAAAAGAAAAAUACGAAAAAAGAGAUAAUGAAUUUACUGAUUAUGUUGAAGAAAAUAGUGAUAUAAGAUUUUAUGAUAAAGGAAAGGGGGAAAUGGUGAAUGAAUUAAUUGGAGAAUAUUCAGAAAAAUAUAUGGAUAAUAAUAUUGAAGACAAUGAACUGGUUAUAUGGAGUGCUAGUGUAAAAAAUGAUAAAGAAAGAUUAAAUGAUGAUAAUAUUGAUUUAAAUAAUAAUAUUUCAAAUGAUUAUAUAAAGAAUAAUAAUGAGGAUAUAAAAAAUGUACAUGAUUCAUUUUCUAUAAGUAAUAAAAGUGAAUUACAUGAUAUUAAUGGUAUAUUAGAAAAGAGUAUAAGUAGUAAUGAUAUUAAAUCUAUUGAGGUAUGUGUAAAGAAGGAAAACGAAAUACAUCAUAAAAAUAUGAUGAAAAAGAAGAAGGAAUUAAAUAAUGAUAAUAAUUUAAAUGAUGAAAUGUAUAUGUGUGAUAUUUCGAAUGAUAUAUUUAAAAAUAAUGAGUAUACAAAACAUGUAGAUGAUGUAUAUACUUUUGAUGAAAACAAUAGUAAUAAUUUAAUUAUAGGAGAAGAUGAACAUUGUGUAAGUUCAAUGAAUUUUGAAUAUCCUUUUAAUAUAAGUAAAAUGAAUACUGAAAGUAAUAAUAUUUUAUAUGAACAAAAUGAUAAAAAAAAAACAAAUAUAAAUUCCGUUAAACAUCCUAUGACAUAUAUAAAAGGUUUUGAAUAUGCAUCAGAUAGUAUAAAUUUUUUAAAAGCUUUAAAAGGGUUACCACCUUUACCAUUUUUAAAAUGUAAAGAUAUGAAACCUUAUAUGAGGCUUUUUAAUAUUGUUCUGAAGGUAAUCGAGUCAAAUGAUUAUAAUGUAGAUAAUUUUGUGUAUGUUUUAAUGGGUGAUGAAACUGGGUGUGUGUAUGUGAAAUUGUGUAUGAAGUAUAAGGAAUAUUCUCAAGUUGACAAUACCAUUAUGUUAGCUAACUGUCACGUUAUCUUUGAAAACGGUCAUAUUGUUUUAUCAAUGAAUGAAUACAGUAAUAUAUUUUUAUUAAAAUAUGAUAGUAUAAAAUAUGUAAAGAAAAAUAUAAAUUAUUCUGAAUCAAAAUUUGUUGUAUUAUCUGAAUAUGGGAUUUAA